CCGAGCUCCAUUGACAAUCGUCUUCCCGCAGCUCCCGAAACCGUCUUCCAGGUUCUGCGGAAGUUGUUGCGCGUGGCGGCCCUCGACCGUUUUCCGACCGCUCCUGGAGUCGCAAAGAUGCCCGGAACGUCGCGCUUACCCGUCAGCCUGCGAGAGGGUUUCAAUACCGUCCGGAGGAGAUCUCGGGCGGGCUGGGACCCGUCGCUGAUGCUCAAUCUGGACCUAAUCCGCAACAUCGUCUUCUUCCUCUUCCUCCUGCGAUGGACCCGCCGCGCGCUGUGGAAGCUCAAGGGCCGCGGGCUGCUCGGCACGCUGGCUGAGUUGUACGCCGACGCGCGCCGCGCCUUGUACGGCUUGUUUCUGCGGAUGCCGGGCGUGCGCACCCAGGUGCGCAAGCAGGUCGAUGAGGCUCUCUCCAAGCUGCAGACCAAGAUGGUGCCCGCCAACGCGACCCGCUACCUGACGCUGCCCAAGGAGGGCUGGGCCGAGGACGCCGUGCGCAAGGAGCUCGAGGCUCUCGCCACCAUGGACCACACGCGCUGGGAGGACGGCUACGUCUCGGGCGCCGUGUACCAUGGCGAGGACGACCUGCUGAAGCUCCAGACCGAGGCGUAUGGGAAGUUUACCGUGGCGAACCCGAUCCACCCAGAUGUGUUCCCCGGUGUGAGGAAGAUGGAGGCAGAGGUGGUCGCCAUGGUCCUGAGCCUGUUCAAUGCGCCCCCGGGUGCUGCAGGCGUGAGCACGAGCGGCGGAACCGAGAGUAUUCUGAUGGCUUGCCUCAGCGCGAGGCAGAAGGCAUACGUCGAGCGGGGUGUCACGGAGCCGGAAAUGAUCCUCCCCGAGACGGCCCACACGGCCUUCCGCAAAGCAGGCGAGUACUUCAAGAUCAAGAUCCACGUCGUGGCCUGCCCUGCACCGAGCUACCAAGUCGACGUUAAGCGCGUCGCCCGCCUCAUCAACAGCAACACCAUCCUCCUCGUCGGCUCGGCUCCCAACUUCCCGCACGGCAUCAUCGACGACAUCUCGGCGCUCUCCAAGCUCGCACUUAAGAAGCGCCUCCCGCUGCACGUCGACUGCUGCCUGGGCUCCUUCCUCGUCCCCUUCCUCGACAAGGCCGGCUUCGAGACGGUCCCCUUCGACUUCCGCCUCAAGGGCGUCACCUCCAUCAGCUGCGAUACUCACAAGUACGGCUUCGCGCCAAAGGGAAACAGCACCGUCCUCUACCGCACCCAAGCCCUGCGCGCCUACCAGUACUUUGUCGACCCAUCGUGGUCCGGUGGCGUCUACGCCUCUCCGGGCAUGGCCGGAUCGCGGCCGGGCGCGCUCAUCGCCGGCUGCUGGGCCAGUCUGGUGUCGGUCGGCGAGGCGGGCUACCUCGAGUCCUGCAAGCAGAUUGUCGGCACCGCCAAGAAGCUCCUCAACCACAUCAACACCUCUCCCGCCCUUUCCGCCGAGCUCGAGGUCCUCGGCAACCCGCUGGUCUCGGUCAUCGCCUUCCGCUCGCGCAACCUCAACAUCUACGACAUCGCCGACGGUAUGACGGCGCGCGGCUGGCACCUCAACGCCCUGCAGAACCCACCCGCCAUCCACGUCGCCCUCACUCUGCCCAUCGUCAAGGUCUGGGAGCGCCUGGCUGCCGACCUCGAGGCCGUCGUCGAAGCGGAGCGCGAGAAGGAGCGCGCGCGCCUCGUCGAAGGCAAGAAGGUCCAGAGCGGGGGCGGGGAUACCGCGGCGCUGUACGGCGUCGCCGGGUCGUUGCCGAACAAAAGCGUCGUGGUGGACAUGGCGAAGGGUUUCUUGGACCUGUUGUAUAAGGCAUAGUCUCUCUCUGUGCCGCUUCGGCGCCCGGUUUGGGCUGAGCGGAAUAUAUGUAUGCAUGGAUGGAUGAGUGGAUGAACCGACGACUCGAUGGAUGGCCUGAAUGGAUGGGUGACUACGCUUAUCUCUUGCAUAACUCAGUCAAAGGGGAGAAAGGGAG